AUGUCUUCCUCAAUUCCUGGUACCCGCGAUCUCCCCGUCUCCCGCUACGACCUCAGCACAUACUGGGGCCGUGUCCUCCACUCCGCAGACCUCUGCGACCCACGCACUCUCUUUACCAGCUCUGCGACCCUAGAAGCCUCCAAAAUGCUUCUCACGCAAUACAAGACGGGCGCCCUCCCCCCCGCCAUGACAUCCGACCUCUGGGCCGCCAAGAAGCUCUGCGACUCCACCCUCCACCCCGACACUGGCACACCCGUCUUCCUCCCCUUUCGCAUGAGCUGCUUCGUGUUCAGUAACCUCAUCGUCACCGCGGGCAUGCUGCAGCCAAAUCUCACCACGCGCGGAACCCUGGCGUGGCAGGUCGCAAACCAGACGCUCAAUGUGCUCAUCAACACGUCGAACGCGAACAAGUCUUCGCCGCUGGGCCCCGCACAGCUCGCAGGAAGCUUCGCGCUCGCGGUUUCGGCGAGUUGCGGUGUCGCCGUGGGUCUAGGAAGGGCCGUUGCGAAGCUGAAGGUGGGCGCGGGGACAAAGGUCCUCUUGACCAGGCUGGUGCCGUUUGCGGCGGUUGCCUCGGCCGGUGUGCUGAAUGUUGCGUUGAUGCGCGGCGGGGAGAUUCAGAAUGGAAUCGACGUGUAUCCGGCCAAGGCGCCGGCCAAGGCGAAGACGGGGGCCGUGGAGCUGGUCGAGGAGGAGGCGCCGAAGGAGAGCUUGGGGAAGAGUCGGAAAGCGGCGGUGAUCGCCGUGGCGGAGACGGCGGUCAGCAGAGUGUUGAAUGCGACACCGAUUAUGGUGGUGCCGCCGUUAGUGCUCAUGAGGUUACAGAGGAGCGCGUGGCUGAAGAAGAGGCCGGCGUUGGUUACGCCGGUUAAUAUUGGCCUUAUCUUUGCAACAUCAAUCUUUGCGCUCCCGCUUGCGCUGGGUGCAUUCCCGCAGCGCCAGGCGGCGAAGGCUACAAGCCUUGAGAAGGAGUUCUGGGACAAAGGCGGCGAGAGCGGUAUGCUCGAAUUUAAUAGGGGGAUCUAG